CUGAAGGCUUUCUCCACACACACAGACAACAGCCUUUCUAUAAGCACCCAGCACAAGAUACCUUAAGAAUCAACCAACAGUGUCAACCCCACCCCAACAAACAAACUUACAGUCACAAUGUUCGUGCGAUCUCUUCUCCGAACCACUACCACCACAAUGCCUUCCGCGAGGAGCAUGGUCACUCGCAAUGCUUCCACCUAUGUCCCGCGCCCCGAGCCUAUGGGUCCUUUCCGACAGUUCUUCCAUGACAAGCCUGUCCCCGUUGAUGCCUACCCCCUUAUUGCGAUCGUUGUCGUCAUGUGUUCCGGUGCCACUUAUAUGCUCACCAAGCACAUCAAAGAAGACCGAGAUCACCUUCGGUGGCUUCCCAAGCACGGCGGUGUCAAGUUUGAGAUUCCCCGAGAGUAAUGAUGAUAGAUCCUCAGAGAGACUUUCUUCUCAAAAACAAGGACAACAUAGGAAGUUUAGUAGUCAUUAUAAUAACCGGUUUACUCACUCGCCUGUUUCGGACGGUCUUUCAGGCGACGUUGAUAUUGUAGGACUUUUGUAUAGUGUACAUGAUAUGACAUAACGUCAGGCGUUUUUCCACAAAUCUCUCUGGUUACGUCCA